AUGGCUGCCCCUGCUGCCCCUGCCGCCCCUGCCACCCUCCCCCCUAAUACUGUUCCUUUCUUUGAUAUUGAUUUUGGGGUACCCUUCGUGGAUGGUAAAGAUGCCAAUAAGAAGAACCGCAGUGCCCCCCCUCCUUCCGACAAGGUUUGCGCCUGGGGAAACGGUACGGAAACGGAUAGUAUCCCCUGGGCCAUUGUUGAGCUAGAGGCCGAGGGCGAGUUUGCAACGGAAAGGGAAUCCGUCAGCAUCCACCGCAGCAUCCCCAAGCUCUACCCAAUACAGCCUACCUUUAUCCGGAUGCGCGAUGUCUGGCCUACCUUUCUGUUAUAUAUGCCCAACCGGAGGAUGACCUUUGGGGACGCUGGGCGGUUUUACAGCAGCACCAGCAUGAUAGGCGGGGGUAACAGGACGCACGACUUUUGGGAGCACAUACGGAUGCACCACAAUUUCCUAAUCGACAUCCAGGAUAUAUACGAUCCCGCUCUAGUCCAAAACGCGCGGCCCGACCCCGAAAACCUCCUUGGCGUCCUCCGCGCCCAAAUGAAGGACCUCAGCGACUUCACCUACGUACCCACCGCGGUGUACGACAUAGGGAAUACCUUAUUGCCGAUGAACAUACAUUUACGCAGAGCAAACAUGGGCCAUGUACAGCUGGCCUAUACCCCAGGCGAACAGUCGGACGACAUUAUGCUCCGGAACUGGUAUGGGAAGAGGUUUGUUGCGGGCAUGGUGAGGGUAGACGGUCACCUGAUAUCGUUCAUCUUCGACCGAGCCAGCGAUCCAAGGACCAAGAAAUACGCACACCUUUAUAUCUUUGAUCCCAUAAAGUUGCAACGGCGGCGGCGAGCCGUUAAAAUCAUCAAGAUGUGGCGUCUCGAGCUCAGAUGCAUGGGGUACCCCUACCACUUCGCCGCCAUGAGCUUCCCCCUGACCCCGGCGCCAUACCUAUGGGCAGCCCCAUACAUCUCGCUUUUCUGCGUUUUGCAGACACUCAGGGGGCUCACGGGGGAGCGAACUGCCAAUAUAUCCCGCCGCCGAGCGUGGGCUAGGUUCCCGCUGGAAAUCCACCCGCUCAACCCCCCUGUGCAGCAGACAGAAAAGGGCAACAGCGAGCUUCGUUUCAGGGACUGGUGCAUCGAAACCGACUACAAAUCAGGCGUGACAGCAGUGGGCGACUCUCUGAAGUGGGUUAUGUCGCACAUGGUCGCCUGCGCAGCCAUGGAGCUCGGCCUCCGAAGCGGCCAAGACUUCUCGCCCACCCCCCUCCGCCACAUCGCGUUCGAUCUCACCCCGCUGGCCAGCGGAGACUGGUCCAAGCUUACCGCGCAUGAUAACAUGACCGUCUUUGGCGGCUUUUAUCCCAUAAUGCCGGCAGCCCUUCCGAGGCAUGGGUUAAGGCUCUUUGGCUCCUUGGGGAACGGCAUAGCACAUGCCCUCAAGAGAUCUCACGGGCGCCAUCAGGAGAACCCGAUGAAUCUUCGGCCUAAGGGCGGUCAGCAGCCCCGCCCCGAAGAGACAGAUCCUGCGCAACUUCUACCGCAGGCCGUAAGGGUUCUUAGGGGUUUAAUCCCAUAG